GUUGAACUUUGUGAUUUGUAGCGAGGGAAAAUAUUUUUGAAAAUCUUGAAUGAAAGGUGCUUUUUUGGCCGGAUCGAUAUUGAAAUGUUCACCUGUCUUGGGUAAAAUGUCAUCACCACUCCUCAUGAAGGCAAGCAAUGGAAGAAAAAACCGGUACUGAAGCCCUCAACGUUGUCAUCGAAAGAUUAUCUGAGAUCUGUAGUAAGACACCGGACACUGAUGAUGUUGAUAAUAGAUCUGUAGGAUCGCAGACGCCUGCCGUUAGUGUUGUACCGGUCCAGGUAAACACAAUAAAAUCUGGCAAUCCUGGUUCAUCACCAAAAACAUCUCCGACAAGAAAAGAGGCAUUUAAAUGUGAUGAAUGUGACUACUCUAGUCAUAAUAAACAUUAUCUGAAGCAGCAUGUUGAUCUCGUUCACAGCACUGACCGUCCUUUUAAGUGCCCGUUUUGUGACUAUGCUGGAAAACGCAGCUAUGCUUUGAAAGAACAUCUGAUUGUUCAUAGCAAUGAUAGACCUUUUGAAUGCACACAUUGUAACGCUACAUUUCGCAAGAAAGGACAUCUAACAAAUCAUAUCAAAAUGCAUGCCAGUCAGUGGAAUUUUGACUGUUCAAUAUGCCAUACGUCAUUACCGACUCGCGACGCCCUGUAUGAGCAUGUCGGUAAACAUGCAAAAGACGAUGGCGAUGUUUUCGCAUGCGAGCAGUGCUUGUUUGCGACAUUAGACAAGUCACUUAUCUGUAAGCAUAUUGAAUCUGGGACAUGCAGCCAAGGUGCAAACACUUUAAAAUGUGACAAUUGUAAUUUCACGUCUGCGAAGGAAGAAGAACUAGCCGCUCAUAGAGCCACGCACAACAUGGAGCCAUCAAACACAACCCAGACUGUCCUCCUGAAGUGUUCAGAAUGUGGGUUCACGUCUACAGAGCAGGAUGUUUUAGAGAAUCAUAUCAUAAACAAGCAUUUAAAUAACAUGGCACCGAACACUAGUAAAAGUAUUUCAAAGUCAUUACACCCACCGACUGUAAAGGACCCUGUCUUGGCUCCUAAGAAAAAGAUAAAUACUCAACCUACUGUUCCGAAAAAGAGCAAAAAUUGCGAACAGAUGCUGUGUAAAAUUUGUGGUAUUACAUGUGAGAAUGCUCAGGGUCUCGUCCAGCACAUGAAAUCUCAUUCUGCGACACAAAUUACCCCCAAACGCCUCGUACCUAAUCAGUCUGACAACACUUGCCUCAACCCAGAUUCGGCGAAAUUUUCUUACGAUGCAGCAAUGAGGAUCUUUCGCUGUAGUAUUUGCGGUUAUACAUGCGAGCACCAGCGUACGAUUAAGUCGCACAUAUGGAAGCACUCUGGUCACAAAGAUGUCGGCUACCCAAUGUUCCAGAAUGGGCCCCUCAGCAUUUAUGACGAUCUGCAGGGAGGAGUGAAAACUCAAGAAUUGGCAAAGAUGACUAUCGUUGGAAAACCCCCUGGAGGUAUACAGAUGGAAGCGUCUGCUGUAAUGAACACACCAGACAUGAAACCUAUGCCAGUUUCUGCUGUUCCAAACAUGGCCACCGCAUCCUCCAGCUUCCCUGUUGCUACUGUGAGCUCUGCCAACACUACCAGAGCCUGUGGCAUCCCAAUUCUGAAAAAUAUCAGAGUCAGUCAGGCACCUAUCACCUCGUCUGCCUCCACUAGUGGUCCUGGUAAAGCAGUCGUGCUGCCCAACUCGGGUAACACGGUCCGGUCUGUAGGCUUGAAUAAACUGGCAUUUCAGUCAAAUGCUGUGUUGCCAGGGCAAGUUGAGAAUGGUUUAAAUGUUAUCAGCAGGAUGGCAAGUUCACAGGAUGUUACGCCCGAUUAUCCAUGUGCCCAAGUGGUUGUCUUGAAUGUUGACCCGACACAGUUGCAGAGUCUCCUUUCUGAAGCCGACAUGUCGAAUGUAGUGAUUGUGAACCAGGAUAUGGAAGAGGAGAAGGAAUCUCACGCAGAGAUCGUUCCAAAGCGAAAACAUGAAGAUCUGAAUAACGAUGAUGAUGAAAUUGAUGCGAAGAGGAGCCGUGAUGAUUUCGAAGUUAGUGAAGUGGGCAGAAAUGUGGUCGUUGAGGAUGUACAAGAUUCCUGCCCGAUGGCGGAUUUGACUCUCCGUGGGAGCCCGAGAGUACCAGUGAUUGAAGCUACGAGUGAUGCAUCUUCUGUGGCAAGCGAAGGGGUGUCUCCAGUCCCUACUGAUAUCCCUCUGGUAGAGCCAGCAUCUGAAUCUCAGGAUGAGGUUGAAGUUCCCAUGUCGGAUGAUCAGCUGACCCAGUCGCUUGUGUCGGUAUGUGAGAAGGCAGAGAGGGCAAUUGUCGAUAAAAAGACAAGUGAUGCUAAACAUCAGAGAUCUGAUGAGCUGGAUGGUAGGCCUACACCUGGACAGGAUAUUUUAGUCGUCACCAAUGAGGCAAGUUCAGUCAGCAGACGCACAAGGUCAUCUACUAGUGGUAUAUCAAGGGAAUUACGUGGCAGCAACAAAAGUGGUAUUAGUAGUUCUUUGCUAGCUGUCAUCGAACAACUUCGGGAGCGGUCAAAAUCCGACAGUGACCAUGAGGAGAGUGAUCCUCCUCCCCCUUGUCCAACAAAAGUUCAACCUGCUUCAAGAGUCACCAAACGCUCUCGCAGUAAACUUAUUUCCUCCGAGGAGAUGGCUGAUAUUGAAAGUUUCCAAAAUGUCGAGAAGUUGGAACACAAGACUGGAAUAUACCGUUGCAAGCUGUGUCACUACAUGAGCGCGUCGACGACACUUAUGUUGCAACAUAUGAGGUUACAUAAGAGUAAGAAACCAUUCGAGUGCUCACUCUGUGAUUUUAUCGCGGAGGCCAGUGAGGCACUGCAAGACCACAUGCUGCAGCACUGCAAGAUUAGAACUUAUCAGUGCAAGUUGUGUCCGUCGACAUUCAAUUAUAAGAGCCAGUUGCGUGCACAUAUGCGAGCUCAUAAUGAAACGGAACCGUUCACCUGCGACGUUUGUGAAUUUGAAACGUUCAACCCGAUCCAGUUCCGCAAUCACGCGAAAACUCAUAAAGAGAGGUAUCAUUGCAAGGACUGUAAUGCUGCAUACACGGAGAAAUGCGAGGAUGAAAAUCAUGAGAAGGAAGAAAGAUCUGCCGGGAAUCUCUAUUGUGACGAGUGUGGCUUGGUUUUACAGUCGCAGGAUGAUCUCAAGAAACAUCAGAAAUCUCAUAUCAAACAGCUGAGAUGUGAACAGUGCAAUUUUUCGUGCUCCACGCUCGGUCGGAUGCGUAAUCAUUGUCGUCUGCAUCUCGAUGACAAACCAAUGCAGUGUAAUCUUUGCGACUUCACGGCCAUAUCAACGCGCAGUUUGAAGUCGCACAUGAAACGUCAUAUCAAUGAUCAGCGGUACGUUCAACAGCCUUUGGAGCAGUAUAAGUGUAAUCUUUGUGGGUACGUCUGCCAUCACUUACCGUCGUUAAAAUCCCACAUGUGGCGCCACGCGAGCGAAACCGGUUACAGUUACCAGGAUGCAAAUGAUGCCAUUAAUGCUGCCAUAGAUUAUGAAAACAACAUGAAUCAGCCGAUCAAAUGUCAGCCCGAGGUUGCCGCCUCACGUGAGGACACCGAUGACGACACUGACGCCGAUACUGAAAACGUCCAGGUUAUUGAACAUGUAAAAGAACUAUUGGAUACUGAAAAAGUUGUAAAGGUUGGCGUUACCAGGGAAGGAAAAUCAGAUGGCAGUACCCUUGUUACUUUCCGAUGCUGCCAGUGCGGCUUCGAAUCGAUCAGUCGCGUUCAGUUGACCUCCCAUAUGAAGCAACACGCUGACAUUAUUUCUAAGACUUUAGAGAUUAGUCAGUAUAAGAAUCACAAGAAGGGGACACCACUCGAGGCUGUUGUGGAUGUUAAUGAAAAGAAAUGAUGUGCUGGUGUCCGAAUAUUGACCGUAGAUAUUUCAGCAUUAGCAGUGACAAUCGGGACGGUGUUCUGGAAUGGGUUUGAAGGUUUAAAUUGCUACAAGAACUGAUCAGUUGAGUGUAAUUGAGCUUUAAAGGAAUUGGAAGGGAGACAACAGCAGCCUGUUGAUAUUUGUUGGUACAUGCACUGAUGUCAAGCUUUGGUCUGUCCUGUGCCACAGGUCAAAAGAGACAGUUGACGUCCUCUUUGACUGUCAGUAUCUGGGAAUAAUGGAGGGUAUAAUUACAACUGUACAUGUAUGUGGCACUUGGACUUCUAUUUACACAUGUAUUUUGUGACAAUCGAGUACAAAAUGUAUCGUGGUAAAUAUUGAGGGAUCAUCUGGGCCGAGCAAAUAAUCAGACACAGUUUACUUUGGGUAACAUGGUCUCAUUGAAUGGUUAACAUAAUGAGAACAGAGGGAGUUUAUCAACUGUUAUUCUAAUUUUGCUACAUAAUUGCAUCAGUAAAGAAGAAGCUGUAUGGGGGAUUUGAUAGGUAAUUUCUUAGCAUUGUUUUACUGUUGCCAAUGUGGCUUUAUUGUUUUCUGCUUUGAGUAGUUAUGGGUAUGUUGUGUUGUGUUCUCUGGUUUUAUAUGUGUAUAUUGGGAUUGUUUUAGUUCUCUAUGUAGAUUGGUUAGCCAUGUAGAUUACAUCCAUAUCUCCUCUGAAUGUACAAGUAGCUAAACCACUGCCUCAUUGAAUUCAUAUAUGUUGUGUUAACAUUGUUUUACUAUCUUGAGUUAUCAAGGUAUCUGGUUAUCGUCGUCUGCCUCACUGCUAGAGCUGACCCGAAUGGCGUAGCUCUUGAUUGGGCAAAAUGUGUUUUACUUUAACAAGUACAGAACUAGUCUUGUAAUAAGAAAAAUUCAAAUCUUCUCAUGGGAAAAAUCAAAUCUUGUAAUGGGAAAAUUCGAAUCUUCUAUUUCCCCAUCACGAGAUUUCACUUUCCCUAUUACAUGUCUUGAAAUGGGGAACUUCAAAACGUUUGAUAGUGUAAACAAAAAGUAGCCUAUCAAUCAAUUAGAUAUCAUUAAGAAUCUUGGUAGUAAGAUUUAUCCUCAUGUCCCUAUGUACUUCAGAUAAAGAUGUAUGACCUUGAGAUGAAUAUUGCAGCAUCUUUCGCAGUUUACAUUGUAGAUGUAGUAUUAAGUUGUUUGUUAUCUGUAGUGCUAUAUAUGUACUUAGUGGUGACUUAAAUAUGGUUUGGCUUUGUAAAUAAUUUGUAAUGCUUGUGUGGUAUUCCAUCCAUCUUUUUACUCAUGGGACUUUUUCACCGUUUUGCUGUUGAAAUCGGUGCACUUUUUUCUACAUUCAUAAUUUGGUAAAAGCUGUACUUUCUUAGGGAAAAAAUUAAACCUGGAAUAAAUGUACAUACCCGGUACAUGUUUAAGGACAUUGUGUACAUGUUAAGGAAUGAGGAAAACUCAUAACUAUAUAAUUUGACUUUAUUAUAGCUUUUGUGUAAUCCCCUAUCAAGCUUCAGUACAGUAGGCUCAGCUGCUUGAUAUCUUUUUUGAGUGUUUCUCUCCUCUCUAUUGCAUGAUUGAGACACUCGUUUUGGAUCCAAAUUGGCCAUAUCCUUUCAAUUCGACCAAAGGUGUCCUCAAGAGAGAAGGAUCUCCCAACAGCUGACCUACAGUUCUCUAUAUACUAGCGUUACCCCAAGGUGUUCAUUUUAUCUGAGGCAGCUGUCCUGUAAGUUAUUGCAUCUCCAUAACCAUUGAUCUAUCAAGUAUGAUACUUUAUUUAUGUUCUUGCUGUUACAUAGACAUAUAAUAUGUAGUUGUUAACAUCUCAUUUAGGGUAUGUAUCAUGUACUCUAUUGCUUUUAUUGUCACUAAUGCGUGUAAUAACUAUAACAUUUGGUUAGUAAUAAAUCACGUUACUAAUGUUGGCUCAUCAUAUAUAGAAAGAACGAAGUAUUGAAUAAAUUAAGCCGCAGAUUUUUGGGUUCCGGUUAGACAGUGCUUACUAUUUCAUACGGUCACACUUGAUACAAAGAAUAUCAGAAUUUGUUAUCAUUUAACAUACCGGUACAAUGUAUUUCCAUAAAACAUAUUCAUAACUCAAAAUGUUCUUGCACUCAGUCGUCCAGUCCAUUUCAGUGUGGUCGGCGUAAAGAUAUUUGAUCCUUUGAAGAGAUGUCGUCUGCUUUUACCCAACGAAACUUAUUUGUUUCAUCAAUGUAAAUAUGUUUGUGUUCUUUUUUGAUGGUUUUAUGCAUCUGAGUUACAGUGACACAUUUAAAAUUUGAUUUGAAUUAAAGAAUAUGAUCAAACUUACCUGGUUUGUAUAUAAUCCAGCUGAUUUUCACUUAUGAAAGAUACUGUGUAGCCAUGCGCCUGUACAAAAGGGCUAUAUUACAUAUAAUAGGCCUAUGUGAAAGAGACGCACCAAAAUCGUCUAAAUAGCAUUGUACUGUAAGAAGUUUUACCCCUCGCAGCUCGAGCUAGACUUUCUUACUCGGGAGUCAAACUAAAGUCUUGACAAAAUCUCAGGAGUCCUGUAACAGAUUUCUAAGUUAAAGAGUUUUAAAAGUGAGGGUCCUGGGCCAAGUGUCAUGCUCCAAAAGACACUUUUGGGGGGGUUAUUUUGAGCACUGACCCCCCUACGCUUGAGUCUAAUGCAUUUAUUCUAGUAUUAGGUGUUGUUUACAGUUAUCUGGUCAGGUUGUACACUUCUAAAGCAGUGUCAGCAUUCAAACGCAAGUCCUUUCACGCAUUUCCACUGCUUCCUUUUCUUUCCGGGUUUGUUGCAUGCACACUUGUGUGGUUAGAACAGAUUAAAAUUAGCAAAGAUUUAAAGAAAUUGAAGCUGAGGAAUAGAUUAACUGAUUUAAAUAAAACCUUGCACCAACGUUGUUGCCUAGAUAAAAUUGAACCAAUUUUGAUGCACAUGUAAAUAGUUUGUGUGUGCACUUGGAUUGUUUUUUGGAUUUUAAAAGAUUCUACUGGUGCUGUACAUUGUAACACAACUGUUUAAGAGUUUUAAUAACUAGUUUUGUACUGCAGAUGAUGAAAUAAUAUUGGAUGUAGUGAA